CCCUCCAAAUAGAGACCAAACCGUUGUGGAUAUUCAGUGUUGAUACGUUCCUGGUGGUUUACCCGCUCGUUUCAUCGCUUCGUUCUUUUUUCGAUAUUAGUUUACUGUUUUCAUCCCUAACUACCUGAGAAUUUGCACACCACUGGGGACAAUGUCAAAUGGUGUUCAAUUGUUGAAUAACAAUCAGUCACAGCAAAAGGGCUGCACCACUGCAGCAUCGGAGGGGAGGCAAACUAAAAUGGGGAUUGAGAAAAUCAGCGUCACCAUGCCUGCUGUCAAAAGACCAGCUGAUCCCAUUGUUGAAGGUCAGUUUUUUGGGGUUGGAAAUUUCCUGUGUGCACCAGUAGCUAAAAAACGUCACAAAAAUCCACAACCAAAAAAUGCAGUAUGUGCCCUGAAUGAAUUAAAAACUGGCGCGGUGUACAAAGUUGUGUCCCAGACAGGGCCAACUCACGCUCCCAUAUUUACAAUAGCCGUGCAAAUUGAUGGACAAACGUACGAGGGUAAGGGCCGUACGAAAAAAAUGGCAAAACACGCAGCGGCUGAAUUAGCAUUGAGAAAUAUCGUGCAAUUUCGAAAUGCGCCAGAGGUACACCAGGCAAUGAAUACGUGUCAGAACGUACCAACUCUCGAGCCCGAUUUUACAAGUGACGUCACAGAAAAAGAUAAUCACCUCGUUAAUGCAUUUAAGACACUGAGUCAAGAGCCUAAAAACGCUGGUAAAUACAUCGACAAAGGCCCAGUUGCGCUGAUUAAUGAACUUUAUCCAGGAGUCGUUUACACCUGUGUCUCGGACAAUGGCGAGAGCUAUGCUAAAUUCACAAUAGCCGUGACCAUUGAUGGUGAGACAUUCGAGGGAACUGGUCCCAGUAAAAAAUUAGCCAAAGCUGCUGCUAGCAAAGCAGCACUGGCUAAAUUGAGAAAUGUCCACAGUUCGACGUUUUGCAUGGCACUCACUGGUUUACCAGUGCGAAUGCCAAAUUUUCCAAAUCUGGGACAACCGCACGAGCAGAUGAGUUUGCCACAAAUGUUGGCUGAUAAAAUUGGCAAAAUGGUUAAUCAGAAAUUCACGGAGCUUAUGCAGAGUAAACCCCAGCAUGCCCGACGCAAGGUUCUGGCUGGUAUUGUACAGACUAAAGGACAGGAGGCUGAAUUAAUCUGCGUUACUACAGGAACCAAAUGUGUUUCUGGAGAACAUCUGAGUGUGACUGGUGGUGCACUGAAUGAUUGUCAUGCAGAAGUUGUGGCUCGUCGAUGUCUCUGCGAAUACCUCUACAAGCAACUCGCGCUUUACACCGAGAAUCGGGCUGACGAAUCCAUCCUAGAACCCGUGAAGAAGGGUUACCGCGUCAGGCCAGGAAUUCAAUUCCAUUUGUACAUCAACACAGCCCCCUGCGGAGACGCUAGAAUUUUCUCACCCCACGAGGAGAACGAGUCUGUUGACAAGCAUCCAAAUAGACGCGCCAGGGGACAGCUCAGAACGAAAAUUGAGUCUGGUGAGGGGACCAUUCCAGUCAAGAGCAGCGAGGGAAUUCAAACUUGGGAUGGUGUUCUCAUGGGUCAAAGACUGCUGACGAUGUCGUGUUCGGAUAAAAUAGCUCGAUGGAACGUACUAGGUGUGCAAGGUGCACUCCUCAGCCACUUCAUCGAGCCUAUUUACUUCCACAGCAUCGUUCUUGGCAGUCUACUAAAUCCAAGUCACAUGUAUCGAGCGGUUUGUGGAAGAAUUGAGAAUACAAUACAGGGCCUACCACCUCCAUAUCGAUUGAAUAAGCCACUGAUGAGCCUCAUAACGUCUUCCGAAGUCAGACAGCCUGGGAAGGCGCCAAACUACAGUGUCAAUUGGACAGUUGGUCAAGCUGAGGCGGAGGUAAUAAAUUGCACAACUGGCAAGGAUGAACUUGGAAAGCCAUCGCGUAUAUCCAAACAGGGGCUCUUCCGUAUGUUCUUCAAUCUUCUCGGUAAACUCACUACUAUUGAUGACAUUGAUCGCGAUGCAUGUCGUCAAUAUCUCGAUGCCAAAUCAUCAAUCCAGGAUUACUCGCUCGCUAAACGUCAACUCAAGGAGGCAUUUGUACGCGCCCAACUUGGAAACUGGGUGAAGAAGCCAAUUGAACAAGACAUGUUCGAAGUUGACAUCUGACUAGUUGAGGGGAAUGGACGAUCCAGCUUUGUCAUUGAGCGUAACGCUGAUGAUUAUAUUGUUCCUAGCGUGAAUUAGAUCGCUCGUACCGCGUGUCAUGGCACGGCAGAGUUUGGCAUCAGUAAAGCAUAAAUCGUAGGAACUCGAUUAUACUGUUUUCUUGUGGAAUUUAAACGGUCCACCGAAUUUUUUCAGUGUGAUUUACCGUGGGCUUAAUCUUCAAUAUUCAUAGCGUUCAAGUUCUAUUCGUUAUCCCCAUUAUCAAACAAAUUCUGCGAUGAAUCAUCUGACAUGAGAUCCUCAAUCUUCUAACUGUUUUUAGUUUUAUUUUGUAUUAAUUUACAGGGUACAAAGAAUGAGUUAUUUUGUGAAAAAUAUAAACGAUCUUUUUGUUACGCUUGUUUUUUUUUUUUUUUUAUUCUUUUUUCUCGAUCGUUUUUAGGUGUCGAUGGAGUCGAUGUCGCGUAUGAUCACGUAAAUUCUCUAGUCCGAGCAUAAGAAAAAAGACUUUAUAGACUGUCUAGGCGAGUAAGGCACUCGUAAUUAUAAAAUUUGUGAUCACGUGGCGCAGUGUGGAGAUCGCGUAGCGGCCUUAGGAUUUAAGUUCAUUAUCAACUAGAUUCACGAGUGUUAUCGUUGCAGAUAAUUAACAAGUGCACAUAUCCAUUCGAUACUAGGUUUUAACCAUAAUCCCCUCACAUGCCUCACUUAUUUAUUACCUAGAUUAUGCUGAUUCCACACUGGUCAUGCACUGGUAUCCAAUACCAUGAAAUCCAUUUUUUCAUGUAAUUUUAAGUGAUUUACACGAUAUCAUUCUCCUAAGGAUCAUUUAGGAAUUUCAGCGCUCGUAGGUGGUACUGAAUUUUUUCGGUCGCCACACGUUCGCAUCCCCUAACGGCUGUGACCUCGGAAAAUAAUAUGGCGAUGGAUUAUAGAAGCCUUGAUAUCGACAGCAGAGAAAUAUCACUCUCUAAAAUGAUUAAAUCGAUUGAUAUAAAAUGAAUCAUGUGAUUUUUCUCUGCUCGCUGAAAAAUAGGCAUCUCUGAUCGCUACUAGGUUUUACAAUUUUUAUGUUACGUGUGUGCGAAUCACUGCAAGUGAAUGAGCGAAUCAGAGUGUAAUUGGAUUAUUGAAAUCUACGAGUAUACGCCCAGAGUAUCCUAAGAUCAUUGCCUCACUGUGUCACAGUUAUUAUUGUUUAGAUGAUAUUUUAAAUCCAUUAUAAAUCAUGCAACUCUGCCGUUAGUGACACACUGCCCGAUGCCGAUCCAAUUUAGCGCGAGUGAACUGUUGGGUCAUUAAUCCCUUUGAUUCAUUAAUUUUCCCCACAAUGACUUCGAUUUGAAAAUUCAUUCAUUGCUAGUCUGAUCCAAAUACUAUCUUCAUGUUCACUAUUUGAAACUUUUCGUUUUAAAAUCUUCGACUUAUGGGAGACAAAACGAGAAAGAAAAAUGAGUGAAUAAAAGGGAAUGCAAAAAAUCAUUUGCAUAAUCUGUUCAUUGCAUAAUGAACAUAUACAAUGGGUUCAUUUUAGUACAUAAUAUGAACAUUCAUCAUUUCAAACUCUCGAAUGUAAUUGAUUCCAUUGUAAAUACUUGCUUCUCAGUAAUCAGUAAUCCCAUGAAUGAAAGGGUUGAGUCUAGAAUUAAUUAUUAAUCGUAAACAUUUUGCUUAAUGAAAAACGAUACCAGUGGGUAUCUGUGCCAAUACAUAGGAUAAUUCGAAGAGAAAUUAGAGGAAAUAAAACACACGCUGUUGCUCAGAAAAAUAUUAA